UGGAAAAUGGGCUAUUGCUGUCAGUUGCUGCAAUGUCGUAUCUCCGAAUGUUACUCGUGCCAUUCCUGUAUCUACAAUACACGGAACAAGCAUUAGCUUUUGCUACUGAGGUAAAUGUGACACAGAACACCAGGAUUGAUGGCUGUGCUGUUUGUGGUGAAUACAAGUGUCCUGAAAUCCCUGAACGGUGUUUAUUGGGCACAAUGAGUGAUGUUUGUGGUUGCUGUCCCGAAGGAGUUUGUGCAAAGCUCAGUGGAGAAGCCUGCUGGAACUCUAGCAUUUCACAGCUUCCAUUUGAAAGACGUAAUGAGGGUCUAUGCGCCAAGAAUUAUCUGUGUCAACUGCGCUUGGAUCUUCAACCCGAGGAUGUUCCGGAAGCAAUCUGUGUUUGUAUUGAACAAAGUCCAGCUUGUGGCAGUAAUAACGAGACUUAUGAUACACCGUGUGCCUUACAUGAAGAAGCUAGGAGAUCUCGGAAUCAAAAUUUAAAAUUGGAUCAUCUUGGUCCUUGUCCAAGUCGACCCUGGAUUGAAUCUUCUUCAAAGAACAUUUCUGGAAUUUUCGGAACGAGAAUUGUUCUUAGUUGCGAAGCUGAGGGAUUUCCAGUCCCAGAUAUAUUUUGGGAAUUUCACUCAGUGGAUAAUUUGAAAGUUCUGAAACUGCCAAAUGAAGACCAUGAUGGAGUAGUGAGAACGAAAGAUGGACCGGAACCAAUGAUGCGAACGUCCUGGAUGCAAUUGCCACGUCUCGAAAAAGACCAUGCUGGAACGUAUCACUGUAUCGCGAGCAAUUCGGUUGGGGAAGCAAGCAGUACUUCUUUUCUUUCCAUUUCGUAAUAUGUCAACUUCAUCACGUGAGACAAUUGCAAAAAUAGCCGAAGACCUGAUAAGAUUAAGCUAUAAAUGCUUAUGCCACAAUGUGUAAACAAGUUACAAAAAAGUCCUGCAGAUAUUUCUUUAAUGAAAAUUUUCUUUAUUAAAUACAAUGUCCGUAAAGAAUUAAAUUGCAUUAUUAAACGCUGAUUAUUACUUAUUCACAAUUGUGUAUAAAAAGUUCACGUAUUACAAAUUUUAUAUCUUUUUCAAACUUUAUGCUUUUGAUAAUUGAUUUAUUAUUAGCUGAACUGAAUAAAUAUUGUGCUUAUAUUUUCUGAAAAAAUAUUGUAUAAUUUAAAUCAGCACGUCGUUGUUAGUCAUUAUAUUUAUGACAGAUUUUAAUUGGUACAUUUUAUUGAAAAAAUUGU